AGCCGUGGAGGUGGCUCAAUUGUGCUCAGCAGCGAGACCAUGUCGUGGUUGGCGCCUUUUCUAUCCAGAGGCGCGGGCUACAUUCCGAAUCCAGAGGCAGGCCUAAAUGAGGCUUUUGACGUGCUUUGUGCCCGCCGCGGCUGCAAGAGACCAGCGUGGAAUGGACAACAUGGAGAAUACUGCGGCAGAAGAUGUCGAGGCCUUGCAACACCUGCUGCUAGUGCUGCAACCAUGUUGUGCACGCGCAACUGGUACGACCUUGUCAUUGCUUGUCGCUGCAGGGGCGACUUGCGCCCGCCACGGCUGCGAGAACGCACCCUGGAAUGGACAACGCGGAGAGUACUGCAGCUUCAGCUGUCGAGGCAAUGCAACACCUGCUACAGGUGUGACUUGUGCCCGCAAGGGCUGCAACAAUGCGCCAUUCAACGGACAGCAAGGAGAGUGCUGCAGCAAGAGGUGUCGAGACAGCUUAUUGCCUGCGGGGGCGCAUUGUGCACAGGCAACGCAAGAGCAGUUCGCCCGCGUGCAGGAGCAGUUCCAAAGCGGUUGGAACCGGGGUACUGCGCCGAAGAUCCGUGCCAUCUACAAGAUCCAUGAGUCUUGGCUCCUUUGUACUUGGGACCACUCAACUUGUGAACUGGGAUGCGCAUGUUUAGAAAUGUACACGCUUGAUGCGUCAGCGUAUCAGGCAAGCAGCCAUGUGAGAGACGCCUAUCAGAGAAAAUGCAGCAGCAUCGGGCGUGUGAAGCCCUGGGGCCGGGGAGACCCUCUCGGCAACCAACAAUGCCGGUUCCACGGAACUCGAAUCACCUGCACAUUCAGUGGUCAACCGUGCACGAAUUCAGGCUGCCGUGCCUGCUCCAUUAUCAAGAACGGCUUCUCUAUCCAGUGCUUGUCAAGCAACACUGGCAACCAGGGAUCUUUCGGCCCGGGCCACUACGCUUCCGCCAAGUCCUCAACUGCCCACGGCUAUGGCAAUGCGCUGAUCAUGACACUUGUGGCAGUUGGAGUUGCUGACGUUGUGCAGAACCCAACGUCCGCGCCCUUGCCUCCGGGGACUCAUUCCAGAGUGGCGAACAAAAGCACCGGCAAUGACGAGCUCAUGGCGCCCCACGAUGACCAGAUGCUGCCACUGUAUUUGAUACUCUUUUGAGGGUUGAGACAUGCUGAGCCUCAUGGAAGAUGAAGAGAUCCCAACUGCGUAGAAUCCGCUGCAGGGAAGGGGCAGAGCCUCCCGCCUUUUUUUUGAGAGGCUCGGUCAAAAUAUCCAGUA